GAACUGCAGCUCGAAUGCUGGACCUUCACGGCCGUCGGGACCUCUGGUACAGCAAAGUACAUCCAAUGUUCCACCAGUCGACGAUUUGACUCCGUGAGUCCUUGUCAAUAAUGACGCCAAACACACUCCUCAUUUGUCUCAGCGAGGUGGCAAAACUUGAGGCAGAGAAGGCCGAGCCGACUCUAAGCGAAUUAGCAAAUGUUAUGAAGGAAGUAUUGGAGGUUCUCAAGGACUCGACGAUUGCGUCGAAGAGUGGAAAGGACGAACGAUCUCGUUUCUGGAGGGUGUACAAAAGAGUCGCGGAGGAGCACGACAGCGAGUUCCUCGAGCGAUACACUAGCGACAUGAACAUCGUCCUGAUCUUCUCUGGUCUUUUCUCCGCUGUCGGCACGUCUUUCAUUGUCGCGAUGGAGUCCGAUUUCAGUCCCGACCCAGCGACACCACGAAUGCACUUUUGAAACAACUCGUGCAGAUCGGACUUGGCAAUCUCGCU